UAUCAUCGUAAUAUUUAUCUCGUUUGUGUCCAAUAGAAAUAUAGCAUACAUUUACCUAAGGUCGAAGACAAGCGUGACCCGGAUAUUACAUUAUAACUGUUACUCCAGGUUUGACUUAUCCUGGAUAGCCCGACCUUAUAAAAACCACCAAUAAGCUUGUAUGUGUGAGAUUGUAACACAGACUUUGUGAACUACUUUCGAACACGUGGUAUUGACAUUCCACCUCGGGUACUGUCACAGCGCGUGGGCGAACCACUAACGGUCCAACAAUGGAGAGUGUUCUUCAGAUGCCGGGUUGGGUUCUGAUCUGGUUCUACUUAACAGCCGCUAUCUGCACUUGGGAUGCAAGCUUCAUUGUUUUCCGACCCCACUCUCUGCCCGGGGGUAGCCUCGCCUACAUCUGGUACCUAUAUAAACACUACGUGACCGUAGACCAGAGAUAUUCUGACCUCAAAGACGAUUUCGUGUUCGCCCAGAGUUUACUAAAUUAUGUGGAAGUGGUCCUGAACAUCGUAGCGAUAAUCAUGCAUUACCGGAAGUGCCGUCACACUCUGCCUUUGGCGUUCACCGUAACCGUGAUGACGUUCUGGAAAACCGUGUUGUACUUCCUCAUGUAUGUCGUCUCCGACACGUACCGACAGAACAACACGACGAUGGAACAUAUCUUCCUUUUCAUCAUUCCCAACGGUUUCUGGAUUGUCGUUCCGUUCAUUGCAAUGGCAAAACUCUGGAGCUUGUUACUUCCGCGUGGCGCAAAUGGCAGCAGCACAGCUCCAAGCACCCGGAGACGGAAAACCAAGGCAACAUAAAGAUUCAUAAUUUCUGAUUUUUGAUAACGCCAGUCUUCCCAAGACUGAAGUGCACUAUUCUUGGCUUUAAAAAAUGUUUAAUUACUUAAGGAGGUAUGCUGUCUUGGCUGUGAAAUUAAUUAAUUAACUUAAGGAGCUAUACUAUCUGACUGUGACAUGAAGACUUAAGUAGUUAUGCUUCACGUCUUGUGUGACACGCAUUUUAUUUUAUAAAAUAGUUUACGUUAUUGACCAGCCCAUUGUCUUAAGGAUUGACAAUAUACAUUGUGCAUGAAUGACUUAUUUGUUACUGUGUAAUGUCACUAAUGUGCAAGGUAACAUACAGCCUUAAGACAAAAUGACGAAAGUCAGUGGUUAAUAUAUACGAAGAAGACCACGAGCUCAAUUUCAUUUUCAUGACGUAAAUUUUAGCUGUAAUCAAAUUGGUGUUUGUUAUUAUUAUUUUUAUGUAUCAUCAUUUUGGUCAGUGAAUCUUUGACGAACUGGAAACUAGUGACAUUAUUUACGUUUCAGAACUACAACCAAUGAAUCAGUUGUCUUCAAUACGAAUUAUUGAUGUAAAUGACAUGUCAUUGACUCAAUUUUUCAAAGUCGGCUGAAUUGUGAAGCAAAUAAUUCAUGUGCCAGGUUUCAUUUGUAAAUUUAACAUUUGUUAGUUUUGAUGACAAGUGUCUCGGAGCUCAUAUCAAAUAUGUUUGAUACAUUUUCAUAUUUGUUUAUGAAAUUUAUGAAUUAUUAAAAGAGUAAUAUUUACA